UUAACAGUAAUUGAUUGCAUUGUUAGGGACACCCAAUACGAGUUCGUGUGAAUCUCCAUCGCCCACCAGACCUGACAAAAGAAUUCCUCCGAUCAAAGCGCAGGUGGGUUUAGCCCCUGGACCCGAUCUCAAGAAUGUUAAGUCAAAGAUUGGAUCAUUUCAAAACGUUAAACACAAACCGACGGGCGGAGAGAAGAAAGUUGAAUCCCAACGGCUCUCAUGGAAUGCAAAGCCUCGCAUCGGAUCCCUUGAAAACGCUAAACACAAACCCCUCGGCGGCGAAGUGAAACUGGUGUCUAAGAAGUUGGAGUGGAAGGUGGCGUCGAAGGUGGGGUCACUGGACAACGUGAAGCACGUGCCGGGCGGGGGUCAGGUCAAGAUAUUCGACGAGAAGUACGUCCCGAGUCCGUCGUCCACACCGACGCCCGGAUGCAAAUCGGGUUCAAUGACUCCGACGCCGACACUCGACGGCAAAGAGAACGGCGAGACCCUGAAGACGCUGACCGGCGCCCGACAGUCGGCCCAAAAGCUGGAGAACAAAGCGAGCCGUCCGACCGCUUCUCCAUCCUCUGGCAGCGACUCAAUCACAUCGACUCCUAUCAGCUCCGCGUCAUCCAUGAGAACCGGUGUUUAAGGAUUGGUUUGAAACUAAAUAUUUGUUAAUUACAUUCAUUCGUCAGAUUAUAUCAUACAUUCAUUUAUUGCUUUACUUUUCUAUAA